CAGCGGCGGUGAGUGCGGGACGGGGAUGGGGAGAGGGUUUUGCCCCCCCUUGCCGGGCUGCCCUCGGAGGGAGGGGAGCCCCGCGGCUGCUGUGGGGUGCGGGGGGCUCGGCGCUUUGUCCCGCUGUCCCCCGGCGGCGAACAAAGCGGCUGCGGGGCACCGGGGAGGUGGCUCCGUUUGAUCCCGUUUCCCUUUGCCCCUGGGGGUGAGGUACCUGGCGGAGGGGAUGGAGGGAGGGAGGAGGAGGACGGGGUCUUUGUCUGUGCCGCUUUGUUGGCAGCAGCGGCAGCUGCCGUGCCCGGCCCUGCCCGCGGUCCCUCGGCUUCUCCCCACGCCUCGGAGCUGCCCGGGGUUUUAUUUUUCCCCCCCGUGGGCAGACGGGCGGUGCUCGCACAAAGCCCUAAGGGAUGGUCCCUCGGCACCGAGUGCUCCUCUGGUCCCCGUGUCACCGGCACCACGCCCGCCCGGACAGCCCUCGGCAUCCCCGGGCACCAGGGAGCACCCCUUGUUUUUGGGGUGCACGCUUCAUCUUUGGGGUGAACCCUUCAUCUUCGGGGUGCACGGUCCCUCUCUCCCGGUUUUGCCGGGUCUCCUCUCUGCUGAGCUCCUCGGCUUGUUUCCUUCCCUAAAUCCCAGUGGGUCCCCAGAGGUAAGGUGUUAACAGGGGAAAGGUGUGGUGGAGCCGAGCGGGAUGGCAAACAAGAGGACAGCCUUGCUCUCCCACAGCAAGAGGAAGCGAUGCGGGAGGAAAAGAAGUUAUCAGAAGAACGUGUAGGAGUGCUUACCUGCCCUGUCAAAGGGAGGGAGAGGCUGAGCUAGGAGAGUGACAGAGGAGGUCAAAAUUUAUCUGGUUCACUUAAAUUAGCUUUGAUUUAACCAUCGUGUAGAAGACAAAUAUGAUGCCAAACAGAAGUAACAUCUCCUCCUUUCAGAAUGUUGGAUCAGAUUCCAGUAAGAUUAUGGCAGAGUAUAGCCACACACAAAACCAGAUGGAAUUACAAAAUACUAGUUUGGGAAAGGGUUCUGUGGCGAAUUCCCUUGAAAAUGGUCUCCAGGAUAUUAUGGAAAACCUCAACACGAAGAAAUAUUCAUCAAGUCUCAAAUUUAAAACAAACGGGGACUAUGCUGGUUCUUAUUUAACCCUUUCACAACCUGUGGCAGUUAAACCCAAUCCUUCCACCAGUGUUAAAAACACGCACUCUGUUACCAAAAUUCAGGGAGGCAAGCUGUUCCCUUGCGAAAGCCCAUAUCUUCCAGAUAAAAGCUUCUCUGUAAAGCAUUUGAGCUCUGUAUCGGGCACAUCUCCAUCCCUCAGUGGGUACAGUUUAGGAAGGACAGACUUUGAUAUUCAUGCCAACAGAGAAAAUGAAAAAUCUCUUGGGCACAUGGAUAAGUUUUACUACUCAAAGUAUAGCCAGAAAAACAAAUCAUAUGACAAUGUCUACUUCCCAGGAAUGCUGGACACGAAGAAGAUCUCGGGCUCUCUUCUCACAAUGUGGAAUGGCAGCUCAGGGAGCGAGCUGAUGCUUUCCCCUGUUAGCAAUUCAGGGGCAGCCAGCAUGCCUUCAAGCCCAAAGCAAGGCAGGAGGAUGAAUAUUGAAGACGGCCUAGCCCUUCAUGCAAAGCCAGUUAAACACAAGGAUGUGAUGAUGGAGACUCUGGGUUCGCGACCUAGGAAAUACUCUGGUGGAUCUCUAAGUCAUAUGGGAAUGUACAGCCGUUCCCUACCCAGGCUUCAUAAAUCAACAGAAAGCCAGCUGAUGCCAUUAAGUUUGCCCCCAAGAAACUCUCUGGGUAAUACUAAAAGGAAAAAACUUGGAGAAAAGGAUCUACCUCAGAAUGCUUUAGAUGCUGACAAUUACCUGAAUUUUUCUUCGUGCAGCUCAGGGGUUUCACCACAUGCAAGUUCUGUUUCUGGGAAUAAUCCCUAUGUUAGUUCGACUCUUAGUGUUCCUGCAAGCCCUCGAAUCGCUAAAAAAAUGCUUUUAGCAUCUUCUUCCUCGUUUAUUCCAGAUGAUUUUGAUAGACUUGGACUCUCAGGAACAAGUCCCAGUAGUUCGUUCUCCCCUGUGGAUUUUGACAGAUCGUUCUCUGUCAGAAGAAACCUCUCCACCAGUUCCAUGGAAUUUGAUGACACUGAUUUGGAAAGUUACAGACAGACGCCAAACUCGCUGCAGACUUCUGUGAGAGAGCGGAAGAACAGCAUCAGCUCCAUUUCGGGGAGAGAAGACCUCAUGGACUACCACAGGAGGCAGAGGGAGGAGCGGCUUCGGGAGCAGGAGAUGGAACGCCUGGAACGACAGCGGCUGGAGACGAUCCUCAAUUUGUGUGCAGAAUACUCCAAAUCUGACAGCGAUGCCGCUGCAACUACGACAGUUGCCGAUGUUCAAAAAAUUAACAAAGAACUUGAAAAGCUUCAGCUAUCAGAUGAGGACUCAGUGUUCGAAGACUCGCAGAUGAAUCUGGAAACGAGGUUUAGAAACCACUUGAAAUCAUCUGCAAGUGAUUCAGAUUUCUCGGAACCAAGUAACCACAGUCGCAGCACCACUGCUUUCCUUUCCUCCCGAGGGCUGAGAGCUGACGAGCACUUCAACGAAAACAUGAAGUCUCCUCCUUUAGCUGCUCCUGGCUUCCUGAAGGAUUCCACUGAAUCUUCGUACCUAAGUAUCACACCAAAGCUGCAGAUACCAGAAUGCACAAGUGAUGAGCAAAGAGGGCAGGAGCUCACUCGACUGGAGGAGGAGCGCAUAGUAAUACUAAAUAACUUGGAAGAACUUGAACAGAAGAUCAAAGAUUUAAAUGACCAGAUGGAUGAAUCCUCGAGAGAGUUGGAUAUGGAAUGUGCCCUUUUGGAUGGGGAACAGAAAUCUGAAACAACAGAGCUGCUGAAAGAGAAGGAAAUAUUGGAUCAUCUAAACAGAAAGAUAGCUGAGCUGGAGAGAAAUGUUAUUGGUGAAAAGACAAAGGAAAAAUUAAAACUUGAUGCUGAGAGGGAAAAACUAGAGAGGCUUCAGGAGCUUUACUCCGAGCAGAAGACGCAGCUUGAUAAUUGCCCUGAGUCCAUGAGGGAACAAUUACAGCAGCAGCUGAAGAGGGAUGCUGAUCUAUUGGACAUAGAAAGCAAACACUUUGAAGAUUUGGAAUUUCAGCAGCUUGAACAUGAAAGCAGAUUAGAUGAAGAGAAAGAAAAUCUGACACAACAGCUCCUGCGUGAAGUAGCUGAAUAUCAGCGUAGCAUUGUCAGUAGAAAGGAAAAGAUUUCUGCUCUAAAAAAACAAGCUAAUCAUAUUGUCCAACAAGCACAAAGAGAACAAGAUCAUUUUGUAAAAGAGAAAAAUAACCUAAUAAUGAUGCUGCAAAGGGAAAAAGAGAAUCUCUGUAAUCUGGAAAAGAAAUAUUCCAUGCUUUCUGGAGGAAAGGGAUUUCCUGUAAGUCCCAAUAGUCUAAAAGAGGGCUAUAUCAGUGUAAGUGAAAUUAGUGAGCUGUAUGGCAAUUCCACGAAUAUAUCCCCUUCCACUCAGCCCCCCACAGAUGCUGACGCAGUUUCCACUGAGCCUUCCACGGCUGUGCUGACGAGCCAGCCACAAAAUAAAGAGCAUUUCAGAAAUCUGGAAGAGCGAAAGAAGCAGCACAGGGAAUGCAUGUACAUGAGUGAUACUUUGCCUCGCAAGAAAACAGCUCCGACUGUAUCACCACACUUCAACAGCGCUACUCUUGGACGAAGCGUUACAUCUAAAGGACAUUUACCAUUAGGACAGAGCAACAGCUGUGGCAGUGUGCUUCCUCACUGCUUGGCAACCAUGACCAAAGAGUCAGAAUCAAGAAGGAUGCACAAAGGGUAUAAUCAUCAACGUAUAUGUGAAAACCAAAGGCAGAAAUCUCCUGAAUUCUACAGCAGAACAGCAUCCGAAUCUAACGUGUAUUUGAAUAGCUUCCAUUACCCAGAUCGUAGCUACAAGGACCAUGCCUUUGAUACAUUAAGCUUGGACAGUUCUGACAGUAUGGAGACAAGCAUAUCAGCAUGUUCACCAGAUAACAUUUCCAGUGCUAGCACUUCAAAUGUUGCAAGAAUAGAAGAGAUGGAGAGACUUCUGAAACAAGCACAUGCUGAAAAGACUAGGCUGCUUGAAUCCAGGGAACGGGAGAUGGAAGCUAAAAAACGUGCUCUGGAAGAAGAGAAACGCCGCAGAGAGCAACUGGAAAAAAGAUUGGAAGAAGAAACUAGCCAGAGGCAAAAACUAAUUGAAAAAGAAGUCAAGAUACGUGAGAAACAAAGAGCACAGGCUCGUCCCUUGACUCGCUAUUUGCCCAUUAGAAAGGAAGACUUUGAUCUACGAAGUCACAUUGAAACAGCUGGUCACAACAUAGAGACCUGUUACCACGUCUCCCUCACAGAGAAGACCUGCCGAGGCUUUCUGAUUAAGAUGGGAGGGAAAAUUAAGACAUGGAAAAAACGAUGGUUUGUUUUUGACAGAAACAAGAGAACUUUUACAUACUAUGCAGACAAACAUGAAACUAAAUUAAAAGGUGUAAUUUAUUUUCAAGCUAUUGAAGAAGUCUAUUAUGAUCAUCUAAAGAAUGCAUAUAAGAGUCCCAACCCACUACUCACUUUCAGUGUUAAGACACACGACCGGAUAUACUAUAUGGUUGCUCCUACGCCAGAAGCCAUGAGGAUAUGGAUGGAUGUUAUUGUUACAGGCGCAGAAGGCUACACCCACUUCAUGUUAUAACAAAAUGGGGCAAUAGGGCAUACUGCAAUAACAGAACAUAUGAAGUUAGCCAUAUGUAGUAAAAUCUGAAAAGCUGCGUAAAAUACCAGUGAAUACUCUGAAAUAGCCUCCUUAUGAUAUGCACCCAAAACCUGAGAAUGAAAGUUUUAUAAAUGCAUUGAAAAGGGGGACCUUUUACUUAUUUUAAUUGAUCUUUAUCGAAGCAAAAGAGCUAAGGCUGUUGAGAAAAUCAUAGUGCUCCAAAAUGAAUAAUCAGGCAACUUAAAUUACGUCUUGAUUCAAUGAUAAUUUUGUACAAAUUCUCUUAUGUAGAGAACGUCUACAUAAAGUUUACAAAUGUGUGUGUUCUCAUCAGUAUGCAAAAAUCCUAGUAAUGGAACAAAAAAGUGUAAUAGCAUAUAUUUUAAUAUGCAGCAUUUGACAUUUAUAGAUGAUUAGGUAACUUUUUAAAACUUUUAGUCAAGUAUUUUAUAAAAAUAUAAAUAAAAAGCAGCCCUAAGGUACACACAAUUCAUGCCUUAGUAGCUAAGUAUUACAACAGAGCCAAAGAGUUACAUGACUCCCUUACUGUAAUGUUUCGAAGUGUUCGUUGUACUUAACUUUCUGUAAGGAGACAGUGCCAAAACUCUUCAUGAUUUUUAAAGUAAUUAAAUUUUACAAUAUUCUGUGUGUUUAAUCACACAGUGACACAAACUGUGUGUUUCAAGUCUGUAUUUAUGGAGCUCAAGAAAAAAGAGGACAGCUUUAUUAAGAUGGGAUUUAUCCACAAGGCUAUGAAACGGAAACACAUGUAUUAAUUUUGUCAUCAGGAGGACUUUUGUUUUUUAAUCCUCCACAUCGAAUAGAAUGAGCUGAUUCUGGAUCCUGCAGCAAUUUUAUUUUGUGUGGUCAGGUCCCAUCUAAUGUGGUUCUAAUCUUACUCUGUGCCAAGUGAAUGCUCUAUUGAAACCUUGCAAACUUUGGUCCCCAUGAAGCCAGCAUCAAAGUAUCUAAAUUCUUUGAAGCCAAGUUUCCAGCUCAGGAGAUUUUUUAAAAGCAUAUCUGCACAGAAUAAUGCUGCAGAUAGAAUCUGACAAACUCUUAAGAGUUUACACUAAGCAGUGUAUGAAUAAAAACCCUGAAACUAUUAAGUAGCAGGGGUUUAGGGACUCCUAAAACGAUGAAAAUAUGGAGGGUAUGGUGGUCUCCCAUUUUAGAAUCAAGAAUCACAUCCAAGUCCUUGAGUAAUAUUGCAAAACCUCAAUUAUUUAAUUGAACUGAACGUCAAGGAAGUCUCUUAUGCUCUGACUUUAAAGAGGUUCUAUUUCAGUAAUCAAAACUUGUGCCAUGUGGUUUGUGUAAUAAAAAAAAAGCACAUUAGGCUUUUUUUCUUGAUGGAAAGUUAGUGGCUUUUGAUGGAGCAAAUUAAAAACUGUUAAGCAGAAUAGAAGUAUGCUGGCAAAAUAUUUUUGUUAUCCUAUUUAAACCCUGUAUCUGUAACACAUGGGAUGAAUUCUUCUUUGUGGCAUACACAGGUGAUAUGGUUGCUCUAGCAUGACAUGGCAGUUUUGACUUGAAUCACAAAAGAAGGAAGGGUUACUGCAAGGUAAUUGGUAUCAUCUGUGCAGAUCACAGCUUGUAAUCUAAUGAUUUAAAACACUAUCAGAAAUGAACUGCUUUGUUUUAUAUAAUUAUUAUUUUUUUCCCGAUGUAUCUUGAUUUUAAUUCUAAGUAUGGUUAUAAAGGUUUUCUAAUCAUGAUUUUUGUAUCCUGCAUGAUGCGAUGAAGGCAUUUCAAUAAACAUUUUUAAAAAUAAACUUGUUUUAAACAUUCA